CCCAGGGAGCCCCGCCGCGGGGGGUCGCGACCCGCGGCGCCGGGGAUGUUGCGGUGGGUCCGGCAGCAGCUGGGUUUUGACCCACCGCAUCAAAGCGAUACACGAACUAUUUAUAUAGCAAAUCGUUUUCCCCAGCAUGGCCAUUAUGUUCCUCAGAAGUUUGCAGACAACAGAAUCAUAUCAUCCAAGUAUACAGUGUGGAAUUUUGUUCCAAAAAACUUAUUUGAACAGUUCAGAAGAAUAGCCAACUUUUAUUUUCUGAUAAUAUUUUUGGUUCAGCUCAUGAUAGAUACCCCAACCAGUCCUAUUACGAGUGGAUUGCCAUUGUUCUUUGUCAUAACUGUGACAGCCAUAAAGCAGGGUUAUGAAGACUGGCUGCGACAUAAAGCAGACAAUGAAGUAAACGGUGCUCCAGUUUAUGUUGUUCGAAGUGGUGGCCUUGUAAAAACUAGAUCUAAAAACAUUCGGGUGGGAGACAUUGUCAGAGUAGCCAAAGAUGAGACUUUUCCUGUUGAUCUGGUGCUUUUAUCUUCUGAUCGAGUGGACGGUUCAUGCCAUGUUACUACCGCAAGUUUGGAUGGCGAAACUAAUCUUAAGACACAUGUUGCAGUCCCAGAAACAGCAGUGUUACAGUCAGUUGCCAACCUGGACAAACUUGUAGCUGUCAUAGAAUGUCAGCAGCCAGAGGCAGAUCUAUACAGGUUUGUUGGAAGAAUAACUAUAAGCCAACAAAUGGAGGAAAUAGUACGACCUCUGGGGCCUGAAAGUCUCUUACUUCGUGGAGCAAGAUUAAAAAACACAAAAGAAAUAUUUGGUGUUGCAGUGUAUACAGGUAUGGAGACAAAGAUGGCAUUAAAUUACAAGAGUAAAUCUCAGAAACGGUCAGCAGUAGAAAAGUCUAUGAAUUCCUUUUUGAUUAUUUAUCUAAUAAUCCUCCUCUUUGAAGCCAUUUUGAGUACUAUUUUAAAGUAUGCCUGGCAAGCUGAAGAAAAAUGGGAUGAACCUUGGUAUAAUGAUAAAACAGAACAUGAAAGGAACAGCAGUAAGAUCCUGAGAUUUAUUUCAGAUUUCCUUGCUUUUCUGGUACUUUACAAUUUUAUUAUACCCAUUUCACUUUAUGUAACUGUUGAGAUGCAGAAGUUUCUUGGAUCUUUUUUUAUUGGCUGGGAUCUUGACCUCUAUCAUGAAGAGACAAAUCAGAGAGCUCAAGUAAAUACUUCAGACCUCAAUGAGGAACUUGGACAGGUAGAGUAUGUGUUUACAGACAAAACCGGUACGUUAACUGAAAAUGAGAUGCAGUUUCGGGAGUGCUCCAUUAACGGCAUAAAGUACCAGGAGGUCAAUGGUCAACUGACUCCAGAGGGGUUUUCUGAAGAUUCUCCAGAUGGAAAUAGGCAUACUUUGAUGAAAGAGGAAGAACUCUUCUUGAAAGCAGUUUGCCUUUGUCAUACAGUACAGAUCAGUGCAGACCAAACGGAUGGUGCCGAUGGGCCCUGGCAUGCCAAUGGAAUAGCAUCCCCAUUGGAGUAUUAUGCUUCUUCACCAGAUGAGAAAGCUUUAGUUGAAGCUGCAAGCCGGGUUGGAGUAGUAUUUAUGGGAACUAGUGGGGACAGUAUGGAAGUAAAAAGUCUUGGAAAACCAGAAAGGUACAAGUUGCUUCAUGUUUUGGAGUUUGAUCCAAAUCGCAGACGAAUGAGCGUCAUUGUAGAGAGUCCCUCGGGGGAAAAGCUUUUAUUCACAAAGGGAGCAGAAUCUUCCAUUCUUCCUCGUAGUAAGAGUGGAGAGAUAGACAAAACAAGGAUACAUGUUGAUGAAUUUGCUUUGAAAGGACUACGAACUUUGUGCGUGGCAUACAGAAGGUUCACACCAGAGGAAUACCAGGAAAUUGGCAAACGCCUUCAUGAGGCCAGGACUGCCUUACAACAGCGGGAAGAAAAAUUAGCAGAUGUAUUCAACUUCAUAGAAAGGGAUCUGGAACUGCUUGGGGCUACUGGAGUAGAAGACAAACUGCAGGAGAAAGUCCAAGAAACUAUAGAAGCGCUCAGAUUGGCUGGUAUCAAAGUGUGGGUUCUGACUGGAGAUAAGCAUGAAACGGCUGUUAGUGUCAGUUUAUCAUGUGGACACUUUCAUAGAACCAUGAACAUCCUUGAACUUGUACAGCACAAAUCAGACAGUACAUGCGCAGAGCAGCUGAGGCAGCUAGCCAAGAGAAUAAAAGAAGACCAUGUUAUCCAGCAUGGUCUGGUAGUGGAUGGGACCAGCCUCUCUCUUGCACUCAGGGAACAUGAAAAACUGUUCAUGGAAGUUUGUAAAAGCUGUUCUGCGGUGUUGUGUUGUCGUAUGGCACCGCUUCAGAAAGCAAAGGUAGUGAGACUGUUAAAAACAUCUCCGGAAAAACCUAUAACAUUAGCAAUUGGUGAUGGUGCUAAUGAUGUGAGCAUGAUACAAGAAGCACAUGUUGGCAUAGGAAUCAUGGGCAAGGAAGGAAGACAGGCUGUAAGAAAUAGUGACUAUGCAAUAGCACGAUUUAAAUUCCUCUCCAAGUUGCUGUUUGUUCACGGGCACUUUUACUAUAUUAGAAUAGCAACCCUUGUACAGUACUUUUUUUAUAAGAAUGUGUGCUUUAUUACACCACAAUUUUUAUAUCAGUUCUUCUGUUUGUUUUCACAACAGACCCUCUAUGACAGUGUAUACCUGACUUUGUAUAAUAUUUGUUUCACUUCCUUGCCUGUCCUCAUCUACAGUCUUUUUGAACAGCAUGUGCAUCCGCAUGUAUUGCAGAGUAAACCUGUGCUUUAUCGAGACAUCAGUAAAAAUGCUCAUCUUGGGUAUAAACCAUUUCUUUACUGGACCAUCUUGGGCUUCUUGCAUGCAUUUGUUUUCUUCUAUGGUUCGUAUCUUCUAAUGGGAGAAGACACUUCAUUGCUGGGAAAUGGCCAGAUGUUUGGAAACUGGACAUUUGGUACUUUAGUCUUCACCGUUAUGGUUAUAACCGUUACGAUGAAGAUGGCGCUGGAAACGCACUUCUGGACAUGGAUAAACCAUUUUGUUACUUGGGGUUCCAUUGUGUUUUAUUUCAUAUUCUCCUUAUUUUAUGGGGGAAUUAUCUGGCCAUUUUUACAUACCCAGGAUAUGUACUUUGUAUUUGUUCAGCUGUUGUCAAGUGGUUCUGCUUGGUUUGCCAUAAUACUCAUAGUAGUUGCUUGUCUGUUUCUUGAUGUUGUGAAGAAAGUGCUGUACAGGCAUCUACAACCGACAAGUACUGAAAAAGCUCAGCUUACUGAGACAGGUUCAAGUAUCAACUGCAUGGACUCCAUGUGCUGCUUCUCAGAUGGGGAAACAGCAUGCACAUCUAUUAGAAGAAUGCUGGAACGACUAAUGGGAAGAUGUAGUCCAACCCGGGUCAACAGAUCAUGGAGUUCAUCGGAUCCCUUCUAUGCCAACGACAGAAGCAUCUUGACUCUCUCCACAAUGGACUCGUCCACUUGUUAACAGGGACAUUUGUAAAUACCUUGUGGAAGCCAAGUGGUGCUCACGUACCUGUAGUAGGUUCUGAAGCGAGUACAGUUCUACAUCCCUGCCCUAGACAGGACUAGUGUGACUUAAAGGCAAACUGGCUGUCCUGUAGCCAAGCAUAGCGGUCAUCUGGACUGUAUUUGCUUCCAAUAUUUUUUCUAAUGAUAUCCACAAAUUGCUAAAUUUUUUUGGUAAGAAACACUUUCAGCUUUCACCAUUAAAUCUUUUUUGUUACCAUAUUAGCAGAUUGGAACCUUGUAUUUGAUAUUUGAGACGCUGGUACAACACAGUACAAAAUCUUCUCCCAAAUGCAAGCGAUCAAAUAGAAUUUGCAUAAUGAAACGCAAGUGGAACAUAAUGAAAUUAGAUUGCCCUUUACUGCACAUGCACUCAGUUUGAACUGUCUUUUACAGCUGCUGUCUUAGCGGGUUGCAGAUCAGAUUAUUGUUUCCAUGGACGGUUUCUAAAGCGUUUAAAUACUCAGUAAUUUUAGAGAUAAAUAUUAUUCAAAUAUUUGUGCUGGUGUAUGAAUGGCAAUUUUAUUAGUCAUCACUUUGAGAAACGGCGUACAUCGGUCAUUCGGAGUCGUGAGGAUUUAACAGGUCACUGUUUUCUUUAAGUGUGAUUCAAAGCCAGUCAUCUUCUCUAACAACUGUUUCAUUAACCAGUCACAAACUUGAUGUGGAAAAAUGGGUAAGAAACAGUGGCUCGUGCAGGUGUCUCACUAGCAUAAAUUUUUGAGUGAGGAAUCCUUUUAAUGUUGGUGAAUCUUUGCAUGUUUUAUUCUUUUUCAUGUAUUUAUAUUUGGCCGCGUUGUAUGUUGAAGAUGCAAUUGAUGCUUAAUUAUCUUCAUAUAUCUGAAGAAUCUGAGACAUUGGUGGCAGUGUUUUGAUACCUAAGUAUGUCAAUAAAAACAAAUUGCACCAAUGCAGCUUUGAAUGGUACAUGAUACAUCUUGCAGGUACUUUUUUUUUUCUCAUCAGUUUAAAUAAAUGUGUCUUCAUGUUUGGGGAAGGAUAACAACAUUUGCCUCUUUGUUCUGCCGUGUUGGCCAGAGCUAUUAGGGUUCUUUCUUUAUAUGUGAGAGCUAAAUGAAGGUUAGAGCUUUGUCUUAGGUAGUCCUCAGGUGCAGGCCAGGAAAAAUGCUGCUGUGUUUGGACACCUGUUUGGGAAUCCAGUUUGAAGUCAGUCUCAAGUCCUAUCACUAUUGAAAGAAUCUUCCUGCCGGCCAGCAGAAGGUAAAAAGCAGUGUAUUAAAAUUCUCAGUGAAAGAAACUAGAUCCAACAGACUGUAAAUAACUAAUAGCUCCUGUAACAACUUCUUAACUGAAGAUGCAGUUAAGCUUGAGAUUAGUACAAAACCAGCAUUGGCUGCUUUCAGCACACCUGCAGGGGUUCCCCCUAUUGGCCUGAGUAAGUUGCUUGUCUUAGCAGUUUCUCAUUCUGAGACAGUCUUCUAUCUGACAUCAAUAUCUAAGAUGUUUCUAAAAACUCUAACAGAUAUCUGCUGUUUUGUCAUAUCUUUUGUGUGUAAGCCACCAUGUUUCACCGUUGAGAAGUGUGUGUUUGUCCGUGUCACCCACAGCACCCAGGCAGAGUGUGUGACUGUUGGGCCUCAUUAGCUAGCUCAUCUGUGUGUCUGGCUGGUGCACCAUGUGUGGAAAUAGACACUGUGCUUCACUCUGUCAGAAUGUCAGAGGGUUUGAUAACCCCACUCCAAGCACUUAGAUUGGGUCAGGAUCUGUACAGAAAUGUUUGUUGGCUUUUACCAUACAAGUAUGUUGAUUAUGUGCACAGAAGAUGCACAGUCCUGAACUUGAAGAAUAUUUACACUGAUUAUAUAUGUUUCUUUAAAACCUUCCAUCUCCUCUUGUCCCUCUUCCCCUGCUUUCCCUUUUCCCAGUGUUUGUAAGGUUACCGAAGAAACGCGCAUUUAAACAGUUCAGGAAGAACUUAAGAAUCCAUCUGUCUGCCAAGGUAUAUUUUUCUAUUUGCAGUACAAGUUAAACCUGUAAUUUAUCAUUUAAUGAGUAUAGAAUCAGUUUGCACAUGACCAGAUUUUUGGUCUGGCAAACACUUAGUUAGGACCAUAUGUUUUUGUAAAUAUGUCACAGAUGAUUGAGAAUUGCUUUUGCUCAAGGAAGAAAGCUGUUGUGUAUUUCUCUGACAGUUAAAGUGUAUGAAACACUCAUGCACUGAGUCUACUGUAAAAGUCAGUCAGUCUUGACAAAGAUGACAGCACAAAAUACAGCUUACUCCAUUCAAAGAAGAAUUCAGCUCUCUGAUUCAGUGGUGAGGGAGACUGUGCUGUAGGAAGGAAAUAAAGAACUAUGAUAGAGCUGGGUCUCAGCCUUGAAGCCCAUAACAUGUGGCAGGAAAGCAAGCAGUCCGUUAAAGCAAGUUACCAGACUUAGGCUUUUUAACCAUGCAGCAAAAAAGAGGGAGUGGGAAUAUGUUCCACUUUGUUCACAAACUGGAAUGUGUGUAGAUUCUGCUUAAAAUAUUCUGUGUAUUUUUUAAGGCAAUGGAGGAGGGAAUUUAAAAAAAAAAAAGCAAAGGAAGAACUCAUUCUGAGUUCUUGUUUUCUAGUACAAAACGUUAUGCAGCUCAACUCAGAGUGCGUAUAUAUUAGGCAACCAUAAUUUCUUACUGGAACCUUUACUAAUACUUUCCAAACAUCAUUCUUUUUUAUGACUGGCUUCUAUACUGGGGGGGAAAAAAAGUCUCAUUUUCUAGUGUUAGAAGUGUCUGUCUCAAAGCUGUUGAAUCAGUAGUCUAUAUUAUUUUUAAUAGUUUAGUUUUCUUUGACACUUACUUCCAUACUUACUGAAAUUUAGUGUCCAAAAGUGCAUCAUGUGUUUGUGAGCCAUUUAAGCUGUUCUUCUUUUGCUCUGGAAAAUAACUUACUUAAUAGCUAUAACCACCAGCACUGCACCUGCUUUGUUCUACUUUUUUUUUUAAUGGAGAUGCAUUCCUAGAGCUGGGUGAACCAGCCAUCCUGAAAUAUGGAUUAAUUUCAGCCUUCUCUUCUUGUUUCUAAAUUAUUUCCUACUUAGACUUUUGUUGCAGGCUGUUUCUUUCUUUCUGUGACUCUUCAUUGUUGGCUGGUUUGUAUGUUCUUUGCUUCUGUUUGCUUCCAGUGGUAUGACUUCUCUGGUUUCUGCUUCCUAUUUGAUUGACUCAAUUUACAAACAGGAGGAAAGAUGGGAUGCUCAUGGCUGCACCACCCAACUCUUGCCCUCGAUCAGCUUAAACAUGCAUUCGCAUCGGUAUUUGCGAGGCUUCUGCUUCCCCUAGAUUGUUCAGCUGCUCAUAGAGAUGGCAGCACUGGCUCUGCUGCUCACGCUUCUGUGGCUAAAAGGAAUGUUCUCAUCACGCUGAUGUAUUUGCCCUGCUCUAGGUGUUGCCAUAUUACCUCGCUGUUCUACAAUAAGUAUAUAAAAUUGUCAUUGUAGAUACGACUUCUUUGUUGCUGUUUCUGGUUUGUAUAAAUGCAUGGACAUGAAUAAAAGCUGAUGGGCCGUGGGCCAAAGAUCUCUAUACGUAAUAUGAAGUGAUAAGAGAUGAAAAAUACUGCAGAUUACAGCAGUGUGACUUGCCUAAAAGAAAUCCUAUGCUUCACCCGAAUGGGAUGCAGUGUGUAUGUUCCUCAGCACUUUUACAUGGAGUAGCAGCAGAGUUCAGUCAUUCUCAUCUUUUCUGCAUUGUGGCAAUGAAUUUUAAAAAAAUAUAUACAUAUAUCACUGUUUUCCUCUGUUGCUGGUAUGGGUUAUAAUGGGGUUCGCUUUCAGAUACAAAGAGGAUGCAAGGAAGUGACUUUCUAAAUUUCCAGUUAUGUUCCUACUGUAGAUUUCAGUUCUUAUGCACACUUACCAUCACUCCUUCCUCCUGGGAGGGGCAUCGAGUUCUCCUUGCUCCUUUUUUUUUGAGAAAAAAAACCCAACAUGAAUAGGAAAAGCAUGUGAGGGUACCAUGUUAACGAAGUUGAUCCUUAAUUUUAGGCAAUUAAGGAUCACAGGCAAGUGGAAACUGUAGCAAUAAUUAGUACUAAGAAUUCUGGACCUGUGACACUGUGGCUGCCUCGUGUUCCUUCUGACGCUGACAGCGCAUCUGUGUGCUUGCGCAUCGUGCAGCUCGGGCAGUAGAAGUUGCUUUAUGGUUUAUGGAAAUGAAUUAUAUUUAUUAAAUAAAACUUUCGCUUACA